AGCGCUGGCGGUGCGUCACUGCCGGCUCCCCGCCUGACCUGUUCGUUGCAGAUUCGUUUCCUCGUCACAGUAAUGGCGGCUGCUCCCUACCUCUCCGCUCCCGCCGCCCCCCCACCUCGCCCUAACGAUGGAAUUCUUAUCGGCGACCGGCUGUACUCGGACGUCUACCUCACCAUUGAUAACUCCAUCAUUCCCGAGGAGCGACUGUCGCCGACACCCUCCAUGGUGGAUGGCCUAGACCUCCACAUGGAGACCGACCUCCGUAUUCUAGGCUGCGAGCUCAUCCAGUCGGCCGGCAUUUUACUCCGAAUGCCGCAGGUGGCCAUGGCGACUGGUCAAGUGCUAUUCCACCGCUUUUUCUUCUCCAAGUCUUUUGUGAAGCACAGCUUUGAGAUUGUUGCCAUGGCUUGUAUGAAUCUCGCUUCCAAAAUCGAAGAAUCUCCCAGACGAAUUAGAGAUGUGAUAAAUGUUUUUCAUCACUUGCGCCAGUUAAGAGCCAAACGGACACAGAGUCCACUGAUACUUGAUCAAGGCUACAUAAACACCAAAAAUCAAGUAAUAAAGGCGGAGAGAAGAGUGUUAAAGGAGCUGGGAUUUUGUGUUCACGUGAAACAUCCUCACAAGAUUAUCGUUAUGUACCUUCAGGUCCUAGAAUGUGAAAGGAAUCCAAUCCUUGUUCAGACGGCCUGGAACUUCAUGAAUGAUUGCCUUCGAACCAAUGUGUUUGUCAGAUUCGAAGCAGAAACUAUUGCCUGCGCUUGUAUUUAUCUUGCUGCUAGAGUUUUGCAGAUUCCAUUACCAAAUAAACCACACUGGUUUUUAUUAUUUGGAGCUACUGAAGAAAGCAUUCAAGAAAUCUGUGUUUCAACUUUGAGACUUUACAGUUGGAAGAAGCCAAACUAUGACCUUUUGGACAAAGAAGUGGAAAAGAGGAAAGUUGCCCUGCAGGAAGCUAAACUCAAAGCAAAGGGGCUGAAUCCUGAUGGAACACCUGCUCUUUCUACAAUGGGAGGUUUCUCGCCAGCAUCUAAACCAUCGUCUCCGAGAGAAGUGAAGGCCGAGGAGAAGUCUCCGGUAUCUGCAAAAAUUAAGCGUGAGCCAGAAGAAAAGCAGUCAUUGAAGAGUCCCUACAAUGGCCUGCGAAAGGAAGGCAAAAGAAGUCGAAGUGUGAGCAGGUCGCGUUCACGAACAAAAUCGAGAUCCCGCUCUCCAAGAAGACACUAUAAUAACAGACGGAGUCGAUCUGGAACUUACAGCUCAAGAUCAAGAAGCAGAUCUCGUAGUCACAGUGAAAGUCCCCGGAGACAUCACAACCAUGCAUCCCCACACCUCAAACUAAAGCAUCGUGGAGAUGAUUUGAGAGGCUCAAACAGACAUGGUCAUAAGCGUAAAAAGUCCCAUUCCCCCACCCCAAGCAAAUCCAGGGAGCACGGGGAUCCUUCCAAAAAGCACAGGCAUGACCGAGGUCAUCAUCGGGAUAGAAGAGAGAGGUCUCGUUCAUUUGAAAGGUCACACAAAAGUAAACAUCAUGGUGGUGGUCACUCUGGACAUAGCAGGCACAGGCGCUGAAUACCACACCAGAAAAUCAGAAGGGAAAUAAAUGUUUGUUUGUAAGGACUUUGUAAGUAGUUUUUUGUAACUAAAACAUCUGAACACAGAAAUGGACAUUCAUCAGAUAUUUUUGGUUUUCUUUCAAUGUAUAUCUUUUUGCACAGGAUACCUUGACAGUAUGACAUUAAAGAACCAUCGUCAGACUUGUGUUAAAACAGCUUCUGGGAAUGGAUUGCUGUGAAAGGUCUUAUUUUUUUUAUACAAACUGGUUGCAGACACUGGUAUAUUUAAAGAUUAUUUAAAGACUUGUGAAAUCUUUCAUAUUGGUUUUAGUCUGCAUGUAUACAAAUUGCAUUUUAUUAGGAAAUAAACAAAAAAGUUAAAUCCGG